AUGUUUGAUCGACGAGCCCUGUGUUCGACUAUCCAGGUUAUCUCUGGGGAUACUUGCGAAGCUUUAGCAGCCGAGUGCGGCAUCUCCCCCUACGACUUCACCGUCUACAAUCCCGGCAGCACCCUCUGCUCCACCCUGAUAGUCGGCCAGCACGUCUGCUGCUCCGCCGGCACGAUGCCCGACUUUCGUCCAAAGCCGAACCCCGAUGGAACCUGCGCCGCGCACUACGUCGAGACCGACGAGAACUGCUCAUCCCUCGGCGCAGCGAACAGCCUCACGAAUGUCGAGAUCGAGAGCUUCAACAAAAAUACUUGGGGCUGGCAGGGCUGCGUGAAUGUUCAGGCGUUCCAGUUCAUCUGCCUGAGCACGGGUGCGCCGCCUAUGCCGGCGCCGAUUGCGAAUGCCGUCUGUGGACCACAGAAGCCGGGAACGGAACAGCCAGGACCGGGCACGACUCUUGCGAGCUUGAACCCUUGUCUGCUCAACGCCUGCUGUAACAAGCACGGCCAAUGCAGUAUCAACAAGGACUUCUGCACCGAAUCCGAGUCGCUAACAGGAGCACCAGGAACAUCAGCCCCGGGCGAGAACGGCUGCAUCUCCAACUGCGGAACCAGCAUCGUCAUCGGCUCCGCCCCGGCCGAGUACAUCAGCAUCGGCUACUUCGAAGGCUACAACCUCGACCGCCCCUGCCUGAACAUGAAGAUCACCGCCAUGGACCUGACCCCCUACACGCAUAUCCAUCUGGCAUUCGGCCACGUCUCCUCGAGCUACGCCGUCGACUUGUCUGGCUUCAAGAAGAUCCUGUCGCUCGGCGGCUGGAGCUUCUCCGCCGAACCGCCUACGUAUCACAUUUUCCGCGAUGCGGUCAGGCCAGGUAAUCAGGACACGUUUGUUGCGAACAUCGUCUCGUUUGUAACAGAGCAUGACCUAGAUGGUAUUGAUAUAGACUGGGAAUAUCCUGCUGCACCAGACAUCCCCGACAUUCCACCAGGAACUGCCGAGGAUGCAGCGAACUACCUCACCUUCUUCACAAAGCUGCGAGCAGCGAUGCCUUCUAGCAAGUUGGUCUCGUUCUGCGCUCCGGCUUCGUUCUGGUAUGUUAGGGGUUACCACAUCGACGAGAUGGCAGCCCUAGCCGAUUACAUCGUCUACAUGACUUAUAAUCUCCACGGCCAGUGGGACUAUGCAAACCAGCACGCGAUCGACGGCUGCCCAGCCGGCAACUGUCUGCGUUCGCAGACCAACAUCACCGAGACCCUCCUCGCGCUAUCUAUGAUCACCAAGGCCGGCGUGCCGUCAAGCAAGAUCGUUGUCGGCAUCACAAGCUACGGCCGCUCGUUCCAAAUGACAACACCCGGCUGCACUGGUCCCAUGUGCACAUACACCGGCAGAGACUCCGGAGCCUAUCCCGGGCCAUGCACUGGAACCGCAGCUCUGCAGCCGAUCACAUCCUACUCGACAUAUUUCGACACCGACAGCCAGUCGAAUGUUGCUGUGUACGAGUCCACGCAGUGGGUCGGCUACAUAGACAGCGACGUCAAGGCAGAUCAGAAAGCCCUUUACAAACUCCUCAAUAUAGGUGGAGUUGUCGAUUGGGCCAUUGAUCUAGAAGGCUUCGGCGGCGAUACCAUUGCUUCUGGCCCCUCUACAAAUAUCGUGUAUCCCCCGCCGAGCAUCUGGAGCUCCUCCGAUCGGUGGACGGGCUGUAAUCCUCCCUGCAUCGUUGUCUUCCCACCAUAUCCACUCAGUGCCCCUCACGCUGUGACUAGCUGGCCAGCUUUGACAACAACGCUCCUGUCUUCUGACGUAGCCGGCAGUGGCGUCUAUGUGAAGACGACGACAAUCCCCGUCCCGACCUUUACCAUCACAGAUGUCAGUCUUCACCCCGUGACACUGCAAUCUACAGACACAGCAAACUACAAAGUCAACCCUGUCCAGAGCAUCACUCCAGUAUCCUUUGUAUGGACUGUUCCUCCGAACCACGCCACCUUCCCCGUCACUUCCCCAACACUAGCGACGUCUACAGACACGGAUGUACCACUACUCAUCAUCCCCCCCGUCACAUUCCACCCGACUCCUGUCCCCGUCACCAUCCAACCCCAGCCAACCUACUCGGUCAUCCAUCCCGAUCCCCCAAUUCCGGCAGCACCCGUCACCAUCAAGCCUAAUCCCAACCCGACUCCUCCCGGCUGCACAGGGUCCGGGUGCGGAAAGCGCGACUGCGGCAUCUUCGGCUGCACAACAGGCUGCGGCCUGUUCGGCUGCGGCGGCGGCUGUGGCAUCUUCGGCUGCAUACCCAGCUGCCCCCUCGGAUCAUGCGGUGGCGUCGGCUGUCUCAUUCCGGGCGGCUACGGAAACACGCAGGGUUCCAACGGCGGCGAUAGCGGCAACGACUGCGACGUCCCCGCCACGGCAUCGGCGUGCACGUAUCUAGUCACGAGUUACAGCGCUUGGUACCUAGCUUCGUCCACGACGACAACAGAGACCAACUGCGUGACGAGCACGGCUUGCAACGGACAGGAUACCACAGUCAGAACGACGCCCGGCAGUCCGCAGUGCUCGAUAGACCCCGAUGUAUCGAGGGCCUUGUCUGCGGAAGGGGUGGCUGACCAGACGAUUAUCAACGGGAAGCAGAUCCCACUGGCAUUCGCGCCGACGAAUCCGGCGGGCUACGAUGGAUCGACUUUUGCCGAUAAACAAUUCGGUUUGACGGAGACUAUCACGGUUAUCAAAACCUCGACUGUGAUAAACACGCCGACCAAGACGGUGACGGUAGUGGUGCCGACGACCGCGCGUGCUAACUGUGCCUACUAGAUCUCCGAUUUCUUCUACAUAUUCCAAGUAUACAACAUCGACGGCUGGAGCACAGACGGCGGCUCGAAGCUGAAAUCUGAAGAGAAGGGCUGCGGCGCCCUAACGGACUAGCGAUGGAACGAGCGCACCUCCACGCGGUAUGCACACGCCUACUUCCAGCUGCCCUUCUUCAUGAAGUCCGGCUGCGUCGAGCGCGCGAUCGUGUCCGCUGGCGGUCCCAAGCUGUCCUGUUCAUUCGAAGGCUACGAUUUCGUCUUCGGGAAGCGAUCCGCGGGGAUGGAUCCGCCGCCGCUGCCGCUGCGCCAGCGCCAGCUCAUCAGCGACACGGCCAGUCUCCCGAGCCGCUCGCCGGUUACGUAGAGCAACACACGCACGGAGACCGCAGCUCUGUACACGCCCGAGCCGUGGGGCCCCGGCUACACGGAGAUCUUCACGACUACCGUGGAGGAGACCUCGAAGUCGACGUAUACCACGGAGAUCGUGCUGGCCUCGAAUGAAGCCUCGACGACGGGCACCUAGACGUUAACCACGACCUCUGCCGUCCCAUCUGCCACAUCGAAUCCCUCCACCAACGGCCUUUGCGGUGCUAACAACGGCGGAACAUUCUGCACCGGCACGCCCUUCGGCGACUGCUGCUUGGAGUACGGCUACUGCGGCGACACGAGCGGGCACUGCGGCACGGGGUGCUAGAGCGACUUCGGGACCUGCGAUGCCAGUGGGGGCGGUCCACCGGUGUCGACAGACGGC